CGGCGCGGCCCGGAAGCGUUACGCAGCAGCGCUCGGCCUUCCGGAGCUGGGAGGUUUCGCCAUGCCGGACUACCUGGGAGCGGACCAGCGCAAGACCAAGGAGGAGGAGAAGGAGGACAAACCCAUCCGCGCGUUGGAUGAAGGAGAUAUCGCCCUGCUGAAAACCUACGGCCAGAGCACAUACUCCAGGCAGAUCAAGCAAGUAGAAGAUGAUAUUCAACAACUACUUAAGAAAAUCAAUGAGCUCACUGGAAUUAAGGAAUCCGACACUGGCCUGGCUCCUCCUGCUCUUUGGGAUCUGGCUGCAGAUAAGCAAACUCUCCAAAGUGAGCAGCCUUUACAGGUUGCCAGAUGUACAAAGAUAAUCAAUGCAGACUCUGAGGAUCCCAAGUACAUUAUCAAUGUCAAGCAGUUUGCCAAAUUUGUGGUGGAUCUCAGUGACCAGGUGGCACCUACUGACAUAGAAGAAGGCAUGAGAGUUGGAGUGGACAGAAACAAGUAUCAAAUCCACAUCCCCUUGCCUCCAAAGAUCGAUCCCACAGUCACCAUGAUGCAAGUGGAAGAAAAACCAGAUGUCACUUACAGUGAUGUUGGUGGUUGUAAAGAGCAGAUUGAAAAGCUCAGAGAGGUGGUUGAAACCCCUCUUCUUCACCCUGAAAGAUUUGUUAACCUUGGAAUUGAGCCUCCCAAAGGAGUGCUUUUGUUUGGGCCUCCUGGUACAGGCAAAACACUUUGUGCCCGUGCUGUUGCUAACAGGACUGAUGCCUGCUUCAUCAGAGUAAUUGGAUCUGAGCUGGUGCAGAAGUAUGUGGGAGAGGGAGCUCGAAUGGUUCGUGAACUCUUUGAAAUGGCCAGAACUAAAAAAGCUUGUCUUAUAUUCUUUGAUGAAAUUGAUGCCAUUGGAGGUGCUCGCUUUGAUGAUGGUGCUGGGGGUGACAACGAAGUGCAGCGCACGAUGCUGGAGCUGAUCAACCAGUUGGAUGGUUUUGACCCACGAGGCAAUAUCAAAGUGCUGAUGGCUACAAACAGGCCAGAUACUCUGGAUCCAGCUCUAAUGAGGCCUGGCAGGUUGGAUAGGAAGAUAGAGUUCAGCUUGCCUGAUCUAGAGGGGCGGACUCACAUAUUCAAGAUCCACGCUCGCUCCAUGAGUGUUGAAAGGGACAUAAGAUUUGAGCUGUUGGCUCGACUGUGUCCUAAUAGCACAGGAGCUGAGAUUCGCAGUGUGUGCACAGAGGCAGGCAUGUUUGCAAUCCGAGCACGCCGAAAAAUUGCUACUGAGAAAGACUUCUUAGAGGCAGUGAACAAAGUCAUUAAAUCCUACGCAAAAUUCAGCGCUACUCCCCGCUACAUGACCUACAACUGAUAUCUUGGAGUGCUUUUCCUGCUUCUGCAGUUCAAUUUUCUGUGAAACCAAAAUCUGUAUGUAUGUGGUAACUCCUGGCUUGUUCUUGGAAGCUAGAAAUAAAUGAAGCGUUCCAAACAA